CCCCCCUCCCUUCCUUGCCCAACACACCGUUUAUUCACGCAAGAAGAGCACUGUUCAUUCUCUUCUCUCUAAACUCGCUUCCCAUGGAUGAUUUGAUCAUCCCUCCUUCUUCCUCGUCUUCUCUUCUCUCUCUCCCCCGAGAUGCCCAACCCUCCCUUCAGCAAAAGCUCCAAUUCCUUCUCAACAGUCAGCCUCAUUGGUGGGUCUACGCCAUUUUCUGGCAGAUUUCCAACGACGACGUCAAUGGCAAUCUCCUCCUCUCCUGGGCUGAAGGCCAUUUCAAUGGCACCAAGGACACCUCCCCUCGUCUCUCCAGUUCCGGCGCCACUCCUUCCGCCGCUCCCCAUUACACAGGCCUUCAUUCUGACAGAACACGCCUCAUGAACAACAUUCACUCUCUCGUCGGCGAUAAUUCCCCCAAUAUCGCUAACAUUUGCAGCGACCUCCACGAUACCGAGUGGUUCUACGUCAUGUCCUUGACUCGCACCUUCUCUGUCGCCUCCUCUGCUUCUCUCCCCGGCAAGGCCUUCACUUCCGGUUCUCUGCUCUGGCUCAACAGUGACCACGACCUUCAAUUCUGCAACUGUGAGAGAGCCAAGGAGGCUUACUUGCACGGAAUUGAGACACUGGUCUGUAUACCCACCGAUCACGGAGUCAUCGAAAUGGGCUCCUCCGAUCUCAUCCCGGAAAACUGGGCUCUCGCACAGCAGGCCAAAGCUCUGUUCGCGUCUGAUCUCAUCACCAAGCAACCCAACAACAACAGCCUGAUUCAGUUCUUCGAUGAUCAGAACAUUUCCUUCGCCGAUAUCGGCAUUAUAGCCGGCAUACAAGAAGAAGAGGACAAUUCCAACGUGCCCGACCGCAAUAACAGCGCAAGGAAUAAUAACAGCAGGAAGAAGACGGAACAGAGGAACAAGGCCAAUUCGGGAUUCAAGUUCGGGUUUGCGGAUUCGGAGCAUUCCGAUUCGGACUGUAAUCCUUCCAUAGAAAAAAGAACCCCAAAGAAGAGAGGGAGAAAACCCGGUCUGGGCCGCGAAACGCCGCUGAAUCACGUGGAGGCAGAGCGGCAGCGACGGGAGAAGCUGAACCACCGGUUCUAUGCGCUACGCGCGGUGGUUCCGAACGUGUCCAGAAUGGACAAGGCUUCUCUGCUAUCGGACGCGGUGGACUACAUCAACGAGCUGAAAUCGAAGAUCGAGGACCUGGAGUCGCAGGUUCAGAAAGAAACGACCAACAACAAUAACAGCAAAAGAGUGAAAACGGAAAUGGCGGACACAAGCACUACUGCAGACAACCAGAGUGCGACGACUUCAACGGUGGAGCAAACGACGACGACGACGUCGGGAGGUGGGAACGCGACAGGGAUGGAGGUGGAGGUGAGGAUGAUGGGACCGGAGGCAAUGGUGAGGGUCCAAUCGGAGAAGACGAACCACCCGGGGGCGAGGCUAAUGGGAGCGCUGAGAGACCUGGAGCUGGGGGUUCACCAUGCGAGCAUGUCGUGCGUGAAUGAGCUCAUGCUGCAAGACGUGGUGGUGAAGAUUCCUGAAGACUUGAGAAACGAAGACGCUCUCAAAUCUGCCAUUCUGGGGCGUCUGGCUCCCUAGAAAUUCAGCCUUCAUCAUCACUCAAUAUUCACCACUAGUACUAGAUCUCUCCUCUAGUUACAGUAAUGCGCAUAAUAUUGUUUACCACAAAUAUAUGAGUACGUACUUCUCUUUGCCGUGUUCAGGUAUGGUUUUUUAGGAAUAUUAUAGUCGGUUUCUUUCUUUUGUGGUUUAUGUGAUGGAUUGGUUUCGUAUUCAUUGUACAUAACUCUUCUGGAUAUUAAAAUGCAUGUAUAUGAUCAUAUAGUUCUAAUGAUCCCGAACUCUUUCGCUCAACUGAUGUUUAGCACCUUA